GCACGGUUUGGCUCGUCUUGACCGUCACAGCUGGAGGAGGAUCAGUUGUACUCGGAUCUCGGAUGAGAGCAGUUUCCUCCGCAGUGUUGCCUAGAUUAUGGCUUUGAAAGUGCGGUAGAUUAUCUCUGGUUGGACUAAUUAAUAAGAGUUAACGCCAGUUUACACAACAGUGGGAAGACUGUUAAGGUGACGGCAGCUCCACUUCAGAAGUCAAACCCCCACUACGUAUUUUACAGAAACUGCUUACACAGCGACGGGAACAACAAAAGGGCCCUGCUGGACUGAUCAGUGCAGUUCCUGUCCAUCCACUGAGCGUAAUGGCUGGUGACCCAGGGAGCUGCCUAAGGUGUUGACAGCUCUGAACUGUAUCAUGAUGGGGCAAUAGCAGUUUCAAAGCUCUCCCACGUCCGUGUCUUUCUCCAUAUCCUCCCCCACUUCUUUUUCUAUCAAGUUGAAAACCCUCCCCCUAACAAACACAGUCGCACAUACUCACACUCAUCUAACCCUCUGACCACUCCUCCUCCCAUGCUGGUCACGGUUCACUCCCCCCUGUCUGUCCAGCCCGGCUGCCAGUGAGGAGGCAGUGGAAGCUGUGUAAUCCUCUGUAAAGUAUAGGGGCCUGUACGACUGCAUAUGCUCUUCUUUUGUCAUGGCGCCCGUUGUUGUAGAGGCCUCCCUCAGGAGAGAGCAUGAGGGAGAACAGAAGGCAACAUAAAAGCUCACAAAGACAGGCCCGACAGAGUGAGCAGAGAGACACUGACGCUGCCAUUUGUUUGACCAGGAGGAGGAUGAGCUUCACAGGGCAGUGGAUGGAAUUCACUGGAGGUGAAACUACAUGAUGUGGGUCUGGCAGUACCACCACACACCAAGCAGAAACAGGACCAACAGUUGACUUUGGAGAUAUUUGCCACAUACUGACCUGCAGCAAAGAAUGCAGUAAUCAGAAAAAAAGACUAUUUUUUUUUUUGUCCUGGAUUGGAAUAUUUUUCUACUUCCCUUCUCUUUGGUCGUCUCUUUGGAUUCCAGCGUACCAAAAGUGCCUUUUUCUGUGUACAUUUUUAUGCUGCAUUUAAUCUCCAUAUUGCUACAAUUUAUUCCACAUGGUCAUUUACCGUUUGUUAAAAAAACAUACAUACUAUAUUCACCAGAUCUGAGCGCAAUAUUCAUCACAGCCAACAAUCAUCACUUUGGUAUUUUCUUCCAUUUCGGUGAGAUUGUAAAGCGCCAAGGUUAAAUCAAGCUGGACUUUCUGCAGCAACUUUUCCUCAGACGUCUUGGGUUUGACAGCGCAGGGUCAUCACCAUGUUUAGUAUCCAGUCUAAAUGGCGCUACCUUUUCAUGUUCCUGGGCAUUCAGUUGGUAGUAAUGGCACUGCUGUCCCGGGAGGGCUACCAGAAGAGGGUCACCUACUUCAUCCGCAUCUUCCGCAAGCCUGACACUGUCACCCUGUCAGGUCGAAACCACACAAUGCCCAGCAAUCUGGGAGGGGACGUAUAUGCCAACCUCUCCCUCCUACCCAAAGCCCAUAACCAUGGAGAUGACAUGCCCUUCUGUCCCAAGACAUCUCCUCUUAUAGGUGGGCCGAUCCACGUCAGCUUUCCGUCUGGGCUCACUCUGGCAGAAGUCCAGAGAAAAAAUCCACUGGUAGUGCGAGGAGGCCGUUACAGGCCGCCCGACUGUGAGGCAAGGCACCGAACCGCCAUCAUUAUUCCGCAUAGACACAGAGAACACCACCUCAAGUUCCUCCUCUACUACCUACACCCUUUCCUGCAGAGGCAGCAGCUCCACUAUGGAAUUUACGUCAUUCACCAGGCUGGAAACUACACCUUUAACAGGGCCAAGCUCAUGAAUGUGGGUUUCCGCGAGGCCAUGAAGGAGGAAGACUGGGACUGCCUUUUCUUCCAUGAUGUGGACCUUAUUCCAGAGGACGAUCGCAAUACAUAUAUCUGCGACUCCAACCCUAAGCACGCAGCCAUCGCCAUGGACAAGUUUGGAUACAAGCUUCCAUAUAAGAUGUACUUUGGAGGAGUGUCUGCCCUGACGCCGCUGCAUUACCUCAAGAUGAAUGGUUUUCCCAACAACUACUGGGGCUGGGGUGGAGAAGAUGAUGAUAUUGGAGUCAGAGUGUCUCUGGCAGGGAUGUAUAUCACCCGUCCAUCACUGAAGGUGGGCCGUUACAAGAUGAUUAAACACAAGCUGGACAAAGGCAAUGAUGUGAACCCAAAGAGGUUCAACAUGCUGGCUAAGACUCGCCAGACCUGGAAGCUGGACGGGAUGAACACAGCCGAGUACGAGAUCGUCUCACGGGAAUACCAGCCCCUCUACACCAACAUCACUGUUAACAUUGGCACUGAAACUGGUCUGCAUCCCCCUCCCCCACCGACUGCUGCCAAAGCUGCUGUCGCAGUGCCCGCCCAAGAUCCAAAGGCGAAGGGCCCGGCCGACCCCCCCACCAAACUGAAGGAGGGCCAGUCACAGAAAUAGUCCCCCCACCAGACCACUUCUCCUGUGUCACUCUGCCAUAAUUUCAGUGGAUAUUCCUAUGAGUGCCCGCUGCAGGAUGGUGUUUUGGAGGGUCCGCUGUUGACUUUUAAUCAUCUUUAUUUUUUUCCAUCUCUUAGUGGAGAACAUAGUUUGUGGAGAAUCAACAUUACUCUCAGCUAGAGAUUCUCCUCGAACAGUCAGAUACUUUUCUGUGUUUUGAGCAUCUGAUUAAUUACAAAGAAAAACAAAAGACAACCUGCUCUAGAUGACGGCUCUCCACCUUGGAUCACAUGACCCUGAAUAUUCUUCUGAGGGAGCUACAGCAAAGAGUAAAGGCUAAAAGUUGGACUCUGUGAGUUUAUAUAUCUACAGCGCUGUGGUCGCUGGUUAAACCUUGUGAUGCCUUAGAAACUUGUUUUUCUUGUAUUCUUUCUUCUCUGUAGAAUAUCUAGAAUAUUUGGUUUAAUGGAACAGUAGCUGCGAUUUCUAGCAGCGCCACUGAGCCGCAGACUUCCUGUUUUAGUUUCUAAGCCAAUGAAUACGUCAGUGAAGGAGACACUUUUGUUUUUGUUUCUGAUCGUGUGUGUGUGAAGCUGCUACAUUGAUUGAAGGAACUUAUUUUGUAUUACUUUAGUACUGUUACUGCUAUGACUGCUUCUGACACAACAGCCAACAUGUUCUCCAUCAUUAUCUGCAUAUAUCUGGGGUCUCAUUCAGAAUGGAGAUAUGGUGUGUAUUUGUUCGGGUGAAACAUGGGCUCAGGGUUUAUGUUUUCAAUAGUCCUCGUAGCCACAUAUUUUUGCUUCUUUGUUCUGUUGAUUAAAAAGAACAUUUAAUCAAAUAGCCUUCGGGCCACAGAUCUGUAGACAAAGGGCCAAGGAAAAGUACAUUCACGUAGCUUUUCUUAUCAGUAAUUCAACACAGCCUUUAAAAUCAUGUUCUAUUUCUGCAUAUCCAAUGUGUACACCCUUUGAUCAACUUCUUUUUUUGGUGAUUGUGUGUUUGUCUUUCAACAGAGCAGAUCAGUCCUCUGCCUUCAUAUUAGCUAAUCAUCCUAAUCAACACACAUAUUCGUAUAUAUAUGUGUUGAUUAUGGACAGUGUACUAUACUGUAUAUGUGUCAUGUCUGACCGCUGGCGUGCUCCUGUUAUAUCUUCCAUACAGUGAACAUCUUGUAUAUUUUGCCCUUUACCUACAGGGAUUCUACUAAAACUGAUCUAGACCUAAAAGAAGGUGCUUCCUCACAUCAGUGCGACAGAGUAGACACAUUAGUCUCUAGUCAAGUAAAUUAAUUCUGCAGCUAAAGCACUAAAUUAAAAAAAACAUCCUUGUGAGCGCUGUUGUGUGGAAGGAGUAUCAUGCCCUAGACUUAGACAAGAGAUAAAGUUUUGGAAGGUGUAAAGUUCAAAUUGCAAGUUGCUGUUGCCUAAAUGUCACAUGACUUGCAAAUCCACAACUCUUUAAUAGCUAUAUAUUUGAAAAACUCUGAAAGAACAGUCUGCUAUUUAAUUUUACAUUUUUUUUUUUUUUUAAAUGUAUUUCCAUUCCCAAACUCAAGUUUCAAUGUUUCAGGACUUUUUCUUGAACAUUACACAUAAGUUUUCAAACCAGCUUUUGCAAAGUUUCAAUUUGGUAAUGCAGUAUGAGAACGGUAACAAAUGUAAAAAUGUGUUGGAGAAACACUAUAAAAAAGGAAUAUUGAAUUACAAAUGUUUGUAGAGUUUAUUUCAUUGACCCUGCCAAAACAUUGUGCCAGCUCUGAGAUGUGCAUAUAAAUCUAAAAACCUAAAAUGUUAUAAAAAGCUUUUGUUUUUCAAAUUAUGGCAUGAUAUUUAUCCCAGACUGUAAAGAAAGUUCUGCUGUUAGAAGAAAAUGGUAUGUUUUUUGGGUUGAGAAAAAUGUACACGUUAAAAUCAUGGAAUUAUCUAAAAAAAAAAAAAAAAAAAAAAGCUCAAUAUGGUAUUAGGUAUCAAAUAUUUAAAGAUAUUUGAGAUAUUUGCACAUUUGCAUUUGCUUCCCUGAAACAGUCAGGAGACACGCUGCUGCUUUACUGAGUUUAGUCUAAAGGAAAUUAAUUUAUAGGGACACCCUGAGGAGGGAAAUCUGAUAUUUCAGGAGUAAAGCAGUUUUGGAAGAAGCAUAGAAGUAUUUUGAGAGAAAAGUUGUAUUGUUACUAGGAUAAAGUGAAGGUUUAAGUAAGAGAAUGAAUCGGCAGCAUCUGGACUCAGACUGCUGCGUUUAUUUCAGCUGGUACUUUUUGGUCAACUCUUAA